CACACACACACACACACACAGACACACACAGACACACACACACACACACACAGACACACAUUUUCAGAAGUUUUCUAACUGAACAUUUAAUGAGAGAAUUUUAAACAACAGGUCACACAGGUCAUAUUCUGUAUUUUAGCUACAGACAUCAUUUCCAUUUCUUUAUUACGGGGCAAAGUCCCGGUUAACGAGCUUACAGAACUUUUUCUGUUAUUUUACACAUCAGGGCAGUAUGACGGAGGUUUUAAGAUGAAGACAACGCCUCCUCAGGAGAACUACUUAAAGCCGUAACACACCAAACUGUUACUCAGUUGUAUCCCUCCGUCAACAUGUAUCUCCUGGCGCUGAUGUUCGGGAUUCUGCUUCUACCUGAAGCCUCCCCCCUGAGAUGUUACGUGUGUAUACCGGAUGGCUCGGGAACAUGCAUACAAACAAGCCAUGAAUGCCGAAAGGGUCUACGGUGUGCUGCAAUGAGACUUGUUAGAUACCAAGGUGGUUCAAAAGUUCAUGAAGAAAACUCAAAAGGAUGUGCUGUGGCUGAAGACUGUGGAGAGUACUCGGUCAACUUUGGAAUCUCCCAAACCAAAGUUAACAUGAAGUGUUGCACCUCUGACCUCUGCAACACCCAGCCGGCCCCAGAACCCAGCAAAUCCAAACCAAACGGUAAACAGUGCUACUGGUGCGAUAGCCAAAGGUGCAACAACACCCUAAACUGUGAGGGGAACGAAGACAACUGCAUCUCAGCAACAGAGACCCAAGGGGAACAUAGUGUGACCGUGAAGGGCUGUGUGUCCAAGCACCUGUGCACCACGAGGGAUAAAUCCUGGGCCCGAAAACUCACAUAUAGCUGUUGUAAGGGGAACCUCUGCAACGGAGCCAGUAACCACGGCGCCGGGCUGGUGCUGCUGGCCGCCCCGCUGCUCUCUUUCCUCGGGACCUCUUAUUAACUCCCAUUAUUCACCAUAUUGGAGGUAAAUGAUAAUUUUUGUAUCAUUAUUCUCACUGAAAAAUAUAAAAAAUUAAAAUGA